UUUUGGGUUUGUAACCUUAGACCUCAACUUCAAAAGUAGUCUUUUAGAAAUAACAAAUCUGGUAUGGUAUUUGUGUGUGAUUCUCUAUAUAAUGUGUUUUUUCAAUCUCUUAUUAAUUAAUAUUUGGUUUUUUAAUAUAUGAAUAUUAAUGUAGCGGGAAAAAAAGGAUGGACAAGAAGUCACUCAAGCUGAGAUGUUUAUUGAAACUCGAAAAAGUCGUAAGGGAAAACAAGUGGAUGAGGAAACCCAAUUUACGAUUGAUAAACUUCAAGAGUCUAUUGAAAAUUCAACUGAAGUUGGAACACAAACAUUUCAAUCAUUGUUUGGAAAAGAAAAGCCCGGUAGAGUGAGAUGUUAUGGAAGAACUGUUACACCAUCAUUGUUGAAAAAGAAUGAAGAAAUUUCUUUAAUGAAAAUGCAAUAUGAUGGUAAAAUUUCUGACAUGACACAAAAGAUGGGAGCAAUGGAGGCGCUUUUGAAAAGCAUGUAUAUGCAACAAAAUCCGCAUUUAAGUGAAGAGGAAGUAGAUGAAAAGAUGAGAGAAGCUUUGCACAAUGAUAAUAUUCCAACACCACGCUCAUCGACAUCAACCUAUGCUCCGGAUAAUCAAAAGGUUAGAAACGAAGAUGAUCCUCUGGAUGAACAAGAUGAAGAUCUCCAAGAUGACGACGAUCUUUAUUAUGAUCAAGAUGAUGAGGAUCUUCAAUAUGAUCAAGAUGAGGAUCUUCAAUAUGAUCAAGAUGACAUUCUUCAAGAUGACGAUUCUCUACAUGAUGAUUCUCAUGAUCCUCAAUACAAUGAAUGUGAUGAAGACCUUCAUUGAUUCGAAUAUGAACAAUUAUAUUUUGUUUUAUGGAGUUACAUAAGUCAACUAGUUAGUUUAUUACAUUUCAAAGAGUUUGGAUUUAUUUUGAAAAU